AUGGCUGAUGCUGAUGAUAUGGAGGUGGUUCCUGAUGUACUGGAAGAGGCUGGUGUCCUGGAGGCCGAUGUCGGGGCACGAUUUGACCAGCAACUGGCGAACAUUGACCCCAAGCUCAAGGUGGACAUGGAUCCGUUCGCCCAUCGGGAGCUGCGUCCGGAGAUGAUGUUCAUCCGGGAAGAACUGAGACAAGCCAAGUUUCAGACGUUAGCGGUCCGUCGUGCCGCCCUGAAAAAUUUGCUGUUGAAGGAUUUCAUGCAGGAAGAUUGCGAGUUGAAGAAUAUCGGCCUCUCAUAUGCUCCCCCUGAUCCAUAGAGCUAUAAACUCAAAUGGGAACAUUGCUUUUAUUUACUUAUGUUUACCUAAAUACGUUUAUUAAA